AUGACUUCAUUUUCUGUGUCACCAAUGAUGCGCUUGGUUCAAGCUGUAGCAGUGCAGAGGUUUUCAUGUCGUAACUCAGCAGAAAUUGGAUUGAAGAAGAGAAUGGAAGAGCUGAAACAUAUACCGGAUUUCCCGUUGAUUUAUCCUGAUUUUCUUCAAUCGCCAGUAUGGAAUCGUCGUAAUAAAUUGAAGGAAGAGCUUGAGCACCAAGAUAUGCUUGAGCGUCGUAUGAAUAUAGAUAUACCGGAAUUUUAUGUCGGUUCUAUCCUUGCGGUAACCACUUCAGAGAAGUAUCUUGGUAGUAAAGAACAUCGUUUCGUUGGAAUUUGCAUUCGUAGAGAAAAAGAAGGUCUUCAUCAUCAGUUUACGCUUCGAAAUGUUAUUGAAGGAAUUGGUGUUGAAGUUAUGUACGACCUAUACAAUCCUACGAUUAGAAAAAUUGAAACACUGAAAUUAGAGAAGAGAUUAGACAGAGAUCUGAGUUACUUGGCCGAUGCACUGCCCGAGUACAGCACGUUCGACUUUCACAUGGAGCCAACUUCGCAUCCAGCCGGCGCACCUGUUCCCAUCAACCCAAUUAAGGUCAAGUUACAACCACCACCAUGGUCACGUCGAUGGGAGCUGUAUGACUAUAAAGGUAUAGAUGGUGCUUGGGCGGGGGCAACUCCAUACUUCAAACGGAAAUUCCACAAGACUAAGAUGAACGACUAUCUUCGCUAUGACUUGAUUGCUGACUAUCGAGUUAGUUCGGAUUUAGAGCACGAGUUAAAUGUGGAGGAGAAGAUGCAAAAGUUUGAGAAAGAGCGACACGAAGCUGGGCUCACCCGCCGUCGCAUAUUUCGAAGUGCAGCUGCCUUAAAUAGACCAUCUUCACAAAUUUUGGACGUCAGCAUAGAUUCUUAG